CCCAUGAAGACACUCCUGGCUGAAGGCUGGAAACGGAGAGGAAGAUAAGGACACAAAGGAACGAGGAUCAAAGUGUACAGACCCCAGACCCCAGGAAGCGGUACUAAGCCUCAGAGGUCCAGGGAGGAAGAGCAGGAAGAAUGUUUUGGGCUCGCAGAAAACCUGAGAGAACCAGCCACACCACUCAGCAUGCACAAAGUACAGUUACUGAAUCACAAGAAACAUCAAUAAUAAAUAAAGAUGAAAAGAUAUAUAGAGAAGGCCAUGCUGAUAGCAGUGCAGAAAAAUACAGUGCAGCACUUAACAGACUUGAGAAGAAAGUGCUAUAUAAUAAAGGAAAAUACAAUGGGGCCCUCAGUAAACUAGAGAGGAAAGUCCAACUUCACAAGAUAUUUGAAAAUGGUGUAUCUUCUAGUGCUGAUGCUUCUUCUUUCCCUGACAGAAGUCCUGUGCAUGGACCACGAGGUCCCCCUUCAUUGAAGGCUGUUUCUGUUCUUGAAAAUAUAAAGGAAAGAACAGCCCCAUCAAAAAGUCCGCUGAAUCAGGUUUCCUGUCAUGAACGAGAUCUUCGGUCUGAGACUAAAAGUAUGUGUUUGAAAAUGGGUGUUUCUCAUAGUCCUAAUACCCUUAGUGGUCAAGACUUACUGUCUGUGAACUGUGCAGCUGCUGAAAAGAAUAGAAUACACAGUGAAAGGAAAUCUGUCGAAGGAGAGCCAUGCAGUGAUGCCAGUGGUGUGGGUCAGAAAGAAGUGUGUAGUGAUGAAAGUAGUAAUGAUUCAAACAACCAAAGACUUGAAGAAAGUGUAUUUCUUAGUGAAAGGAUAAACAGUGAUCUUAUUAAAGUAUACCGGUGCACUUUUUGCAGUACAUACUAUUUGCAGUACAAAAGUUAUCAAAAUCACAAGAAAAACUGUUUAACAUGUCCAAAGUGUUACUUGACAUUCUCUUCCAUCAUUGAGUUGUAUAAACAUGUCACAAGCAAAGCACACAAAGAGUACUUCAGUUUUUUAGAGGUGUGUCAGUGGACACAAAGUCAGUUAAGAUUAUACAUAUCCAGGAAUGAAGUUUAUGAAAGUAAUGUUGAGAAGUCAGCAUCACUCGAGUCAGACAAUCAGAAGGAACCAUCUGCAUCAGUGACAGACUCAAGUAUUGGGCAGAGUUUGUCUUCAGGUGAUGAAAAACAAGAUGUUGGCACCAGGUCAUUGCCUAGUGUGUCAGCCUGUCCUGAUCCUGCCACUAGUGUGUCAGCCUGUCCUGAUCCUGCCACUAGUGUGUCAGCCUGUCCUGAUCCUGCCACUAGUGUGUCAGCCUGUCCUGAUCCUGCCACUAGUGUGUCAGCCUGUCCUGAUCCUGCCACUAGUGUGUCAGCCUGUCCUGAUCCUGCCACUAGUGUGUCAGCCUGUCCUGAUCCUGCCACUAGUGUGUCAGCCUGUCCUGAUCCUGCCACUAGUGUGUCAGCCUGUCCUGAUUCUGCCACUUCAACACAGGAGAACAAUGAGUCUCUCAGUGCAUCGCAAAGUAUGGUUGGAAAAAAGAUGCUUUCCAAACACGGAGAAGAAAUUGGUUCACCUGCAUGCAAUAAGGAAACUGGGAAACCCAAGGAAGAAAAUAACAAUGAAACUGUAUGCAUGAAAAAAACAAAAAAUGGGGGUGGUCCAGAUAGGCCCUCAGACAGGAAGACAGUCACUAACACCUCCAGGUCAGUUUCAGAAGAGCCGAGGACUGGUGACACACAACAGAACAAACAUUUUGCCCAAAGUCUUUCACAGAAAGGCAAAAGUAACAAAAAGGUUAAAGAGAAGCAAAGCACCCACAAAAAGGCAUAUCCUGAAAAAAAUCUUAACAGGGAAGCAUCAAAAAGCAAAAAUGUUCUCAGCAAGACUUCACAGAAAAUUGCAAAAGAUUGCAAGUCACCACAGAAUAAAAAAAGCAGGACCACUGAAAAAGCAGCAAGUGGCAGUGAGCCAGAAAACAAUUGGUUAAAAAUUGAACCAUUACCUCGUGACAAGUCAUCAAUGCAAACAGAUAAUGGAAUUGUCACAUCUAAAUCUCAUAUCAAAAAGGAAAAGGAAUCACUAGACAGAAUACCCAAAAAACAACAGAGUAAUAAUAAGAAACUACACAGAAAGCAGAGUAGCAGCCGGCCCCUGGAGAGCAAAAAUGCUUGUAAGGAUUUAUCACAAGGGGCAGAAGGCAGUAAAUCAGGGAAGGCUAGUCCCAGGAAGACCCAAGUUUCCUCUGCUGGGUCAAAACCUUGCCAUCGUACAGAUUCUCGGAUAAACAGUAGCAGUUCUGGUGAAGAAAACAGUAAUUCUAACAAUGCAGUUCCCUCUACCAUUCAAACUAAUCAUAACCAGGAAAGUGGAAAGUCAGAAAAACAAAGAUCAGUGGUCACAAGUGGUCAGACAAAAAAAACUCUUAAAAGAUCACAUUCCUUUGAGGAAUCAGCACCAAAAUCCAGGAAAAUCUUGAUGAAAGUUGUGGGAACGUCAUCAGACUCUGUAUUGAGCUCCAGAAAAAUUGAUGUGAUUCCAGAGGACUGUCCUCUUUGUUCAAACACAAUAGAUUUCAGUGCUUGCGUGUUCAACACAAAGACAAAUCACAUGUCAGUAUGGUGUCAAACUUGCAAGGGUAAUAUUGUUUUCUCACCAAAUGCCUGACUAUCAGUUUGAAGAACUUAUAUCAUAUAGUGUGUGUGUGUCAGCUUGGUAUUGAACUUGUAGCAGUAGUUCAGUAAGUUCACAUUACAUAGUGUAUGUGUAUAUGUGUGUGUGUAUGUGUGUGUAUAAAGGUAUGGAUGAAGAACAUAAAAUGUUAAGGAAUAUAUUCUUUAUAUUUUUUAUACAUCAUUAGUAAAGGGAAAUGCAAUAGUUUAUUCAUUUGUUUUCAUCUUAAACCAACUAUGUUUCUGCCAAAAGGAAGAUAACUGUUUCAUUUAAUAUAAUAUCCAUAGCAAAGAAACCACAUUUUGCAGUA